AUGUGCUCUGCCGGCGGGCCUUCUAUAUUUCAAAUCUCAAUCGCACAAGCCGUGUUAGAGGGCAGAAUUGACGAGCCAUACAAUCGUCCCAACGAUCCUCCCAACGAUGGUUCUGUGAGGCUUCCAGUGCUGCAGAAUACUCCUGGCUACAGCAGGAUGGGCUGGUCACGGUAUACCAUUGAUGACCGCGGCCAAGAGAUCAGCCCUGCGCCUGAGAUACGGAAUUGUGCCGGCCAGGUAAACUCGGUAGUCGCGACUCCCCAAUCAAUCAUCAAAACGAAAAAAGUCGCCGAGAUCAUCAUAACCUGCUAA